AAGAAGGCGAAGAAGAGAGCGGAUGGAGGCGGCUCCAACGUGUUCUCCAUGUUUGAACAGGCCCAGAUCCAGGAGUUCAAAGAAGCUUUUACCAUCAUGGAUCAAAACAGAGACGGUUUCAUUGACAAGAAUGACCUGAGAGACACCUUUGCAGCUUUAGGCCGUUUAAAUGUCAAGCAAGAAGAGAUUGAUGAGAUGCUGAAGGAGGCACCAGGACCGAUUAAUUUCACCGUCUUUCUCACUAUGUUUGGAGAAAAACUAAAAGGUGCUGACCCGGAAGACACCAUCCUCAACGCUUUCAAGGUCUUUGAUCCUGAGGGGAAAGGAUCGUUGAAGAAAGAUUUUGUGACGGACAUGUUGACGACUCAGGCAGACCGGUUCACCCCUGAAGAGAUGGAACAGAUGUUUGCAGCAUUCCCACCAGAUGUAGCAGGAAACCUGGACUACAAUAACCUGGUCCACAUCAUCACACACGGUGAAGAGAAAGACCAAGAGUAG